AAAGGGGAAGGGGUGGUGGGGAGACACCUCAACUCCAUGUCCAGAGCCUCAAGCGGUCACUUGCCAGCUGCCCGGUGGCUUUGCACAGCCUCGCCAAGAUGACAGAGGGACCCAAGAAGACCAGCAAAAAGUUCAAGUUCUUCAAGUUCAAGGGCCUUGGGAGUCUCUCAAACCUCCCUCGGUCCUUCACUUUGAGACGGUCUUCAACCCCCAUCAGUAUCCGGUCCCAUUUGGAGUCUGACACCUUUGAAGCCACCCAGGAUGACAUGGUGACAGUUCCCAAGAGCCCUCCAGCCUAUGCCCGCUCUAGUGACAUGUAUAGCCACAUGGGUACCAUGCCUCGUCCCAGCAUCAAGAGGACUCGGGACCAACGGGUUGUGCAGAAGGCCCAGGAAGUGGGUCCUGAGCCCCACCUGGUCCCUCGAGUUCUGCCUGACCCACCAGGCUUGGAAGCAGCCAAGGGGAAAAUAGGGGGUGCUGAUGCCCCCCUGGAGGACACCUCAACAGUGGGACCUGACCUUUCAGCAGUGGAGGCAGACCCUAUGAGAAAGCCUGAGGACCCUAUGGCAGACAUGGAAGAGGAGCGAGCUCCCAGGGAUGUGCACCCAGAAGGGGCCGCUGCAGAGCUGGAGGCUGGUGGGGACUACGUGAAGUUCUCCAAGGAGAAGUACAUCCUGGACUCGUCGCCAGAGAAGCUGCACAAGGAACUGGAGGAAGAGCUCAAGCUCAGCAGCACAGACCUCCGCAGCCAUGCCUGGUACCACGGCCGCAUCCCUCGAGAGGUCUCCGAGACCCUGGUGCAGCGCAAUGGUGACUUCCUCAUCCGGGACUCGCUCACCAGCCUGGGCGACUACGUGCUCACGUGCCGCUGGCGCAACCAGGCUCUGCACUUCAAGAUCAACAAGGUGGUGGUGAAGGCGGGCGAGAGCUACACGCACAUCCAGUACCUGUUCGAGCAGGAGAGCUUCGAUCACGUGCCCGCGCUCGUGCGCUACCACGUGGGCAGCCGCAAGGCGGUGUCGGAGCAGAGCGGGGCCAUCAUCUACUGCCCGGUCAACCGCACCUUCCCACUGCGCUACCUUGAGGCCAGCUACGGCCUGGGCCAGGGCAGCGGCAAGGCUGCCAGCCCAGCUAGCCCCUCCGGCCCCAAGGGCAGUCACAUGAAGCGGCGCAGUGUCACCAUGACAGACGGGCUCACCGCCGACAAGGUCACCCGCAGCGAUGGCUGCCCCAACAGCACGUCACUGCCCCCGCCUCGGGACUCGAUCCGCAGCUGCGCGCUCAGCAUGGACCAGAUCCCAGACCUGCACUCGCCCUUGUCCCCCGUCUCCGAGAGCCCCAGCUCCCCUGCCUACAGCACCGUCACCCGCGUCCAUGCCGCCCCUGCAGCCCCCUCUGCCACAGCCCUGCCUGCUUCCCCGGUGGCCCGCCGCUCCAGUGAGCCCCAGCUGAGUUCCGGAAGUGCUCCGAAGCCGCCUGGGGAGUCGGACAGGGGCCCUCAUGCCAGCCCCUCCCACACCCUCUGUAAGGCCUCCCCCUCCCCGUCACUCAGCAGCUACAGCGACCCAGACUCUGGACACUACUGCCAACUGCAACCCCCCACCCGGGGCAGCCGAGAGUGGGCAGCAGCCGAAGCCACCAACCGGCAGCCCAGGAGCUAUGGAGAAAGGCUAAAGGAACUGUCAGAAAAUGGGGUCCCCGAGGGGGGCCAGGGCAAGGCCUUCACAGCCCCGGUUGUAGAAGCCACCUCUUCCUUCAACCCAGCCACCUUCCAAUCACUGCUGAUCCCCAAAGAAAACCGGCCGCUGGAGGUGGGCCUUCUGCGCAAGGUCAAGGAGCUGCUGGCCGAGGUGGAUGCACGGACGCUGGCCCGGCAUGUCACCAAGGUUGACUGCCUGGUUGCUAGGAUACUGGGCGUUACCAAGGAGAUGCAGACCCUAAUGGGAGUCCGCUGGGGCAUGGAACUGCUCACCCUCCCCCAUGGCCGGCAGCUACGACUAGACCUCCUGGAAAGGUUCCACACCAUGUCCAUCAUGCUGGCAGUGGACAUCCUGGGCUGCACUGGCUCAGCAGAGGAGCGGGCGGCGCUGCUGCACAAGACCAUCCAGCUGGCGGCCGAGCUGCGGGGGACUAUGGGCAACAUGUUCAGCUUCGCUGCGGUCAUGGGCGCCCUGGACAUGGCCCAGAUUUCCCGGCUGGAGCAGACAUGGGUGACCCUGCGGCAGCGACACACAGAGGGUGCCGUCCUGUAUGAGAAGAAACUCAAGCCUUUUCUCAAGAGCCUCAAUGAGGGCAAAGAAGGCCCUCCGCUGAGCAACACCACAUUUCCUCACGUGCUGCCACUCAUCACCCUGCUGGAGUGUGACUCGGCCCCCGCGGAGGGCCCCGAGCCCUGGGGCAGCACAGAGCACGGCGUGGAGGUGGUGCUGGCCCACCUGGAGGCCGCCCGCACGGUGGCGCACCACGGAGGUCUCUACCACACCAACGCCGAGGUCAAGCUGCAGGGAUUCCAGGCCCGGCCAGAGCUCCUGGAGGUGUUCAGCACUGAGUUCCAGAUGCGCCUUCUCUGGGGCAGCCAAGGUGCCAGCAGCAGCCAAGCCCGGCGCUAUGAGAAGUUCGACAAGGUUCUCACCGCCCUGUCACACAAGCUGGAGCCUGCUGUCCGCUCCAGUGAGCUGUGACCCCCCCCUCCCCCAGGAUCCUUCCCCUCUGCAGCUGUGGGCAGCAAAAGGGGCAGAGACUUUUCCCAGAGCACCCCAGGGACACUGUGAUCAACGCAAGAAUGUUCUGCUUCAACUCCAAGAUCUCCCUUGCACCUCCAGGGUCCUGUCUGGACUCUGGGUUCCAAAUUUCAGUCACAUACCUACCAGUCUCCCUUCAGGAAGGACAGGAACCCUGUUCCUCCCACCAGCUUCUGCUGCCCCCCUUCCUGCCCAAGCUCCCUGUUUUGGAGCCAUGGGAGACCCCUCAUGCCUCCUCCCUCUCCCCUGGGUAUCUGCCUCCACUGGCACCAAGGCCUCCAUCUUGCUGUAAAUAAGUCUGUGUUCUGUAAAUAGAUGUACAGAAACCAUGUUCUUUCUUUCAUAUAAUAAACUUUUAUGGCUCUUU